AUGCAAGACACAGAAAGGAAAAAAGAAAAAAUGAAAUUUAAGUUGAAUUGCGGGGAGAAAAAAAACCUCAUCAGCGUAAGCAUUAGAAAAAAUGACCAAAGUACCAGGAGCAAUCACAUAAAUGGGAGCAGCAGCCCCCAUGUGAGCAAUGCCAACACGCCGAGGAACAAUAUUAGUGGGAUGGUUAAGAGAAGCCCUUUGGAAAAAGGCCCCGUAAAGGGUGUGUCAAAAAAUAUCAAAAUAAACCUCGCGGGGUCCAAGGGCAUCAUGCAAAAAAGUGGCAUAACCACGAAUCGAGUAAACCAUGCGAACUCGAACAAUUCUGUAACAAAGGACAAUAGUAGCAGCAGUAGCGUGAGUCAUGCGAAGCAGGUUGGCGGUAAUGUCAAUUCCCCAGGAAAGACGACCACCCCGAACAACGCUAGCAGCGACAACAAGUACUACAGCUCGAACAUCAACCCCCAAGAAACCGUAACUUUCAACGAUAGUCUAAACAUGCACGACAGCCUAAGCUUUAACGAAAGUUUAAGCCUCAGCGAGAGCACCAACCUGAACGGCAGUCUGCACCUGAACGGUAGCAUGAACCUGAACGGUAGCAUGAAUCUGAACGGUAGCAUGAACCUGAACGGUAGCAUGAACCUGAACAGUAGCCUGAACUUGAACAGCAGCCUGAAUCUGAACGACGCAGGCACCAACUGUGAAAAUUUGAACGGAACUGGGAAUAGCGAGUACGUCAGUAGCGGUGGAAGCGGCGUUGCGGUAAAUGUGACAAACGCGCCAAGCGGUGGAGGGGUGCAGCUACACCACGGAAACAAGUCCCUCCUCAAAAGUAACCUAAAAAUAUACUACAAAAAUGAGUUAAUCCCUUUUUCGUUCCUUUACCAUAAAAUCCUGACGAUACUAAAGUCUCACUACACUAACCAUAUUACGAACAACCCAGACGUGGCAAACAGAGGCAUAUCAUUUUUCCACAUAGAAAACAUGUUAAUAAAUUUAGGUUUCAAAGGGGUAGACAUAAGCAACCAUUCUUUGCUAAGCUACUUGGCUUCAUCGAAGCAAAUAAAAGUUGAUUUGAAUGAAAAAAGAAUUUGCUACAUGAAUCCCUACGUAGACAUAACAAGCGUCACAUCCUUGUUAAACAAAAUAAACAAGCAUGGUUUUCUGUACGGAUACGAAAUUAAUGAUGAUUUAAUUAAUACCAAUAAAAAUAUCUACAAGUGGAUUAACACUCUGCUUUAUGAAAAGAAAGUUCGCUGCAUACGAUCGAAUAACAGCCACUUGAGAGGAAAAUUAAAGUGCAAACAUUUGCCAUCCUUUUGUGAUAUUUAUGCAAAAAAUAAAUGUGAAAACUGCUUUUACAAUUUAAAGGGAUAUAUCUUCUUCCCUCUGUCUUAUGAACACAUAGAACAGCAGCGCUAUUCCAUCACCAACGAUAUUAAAAAUCUGUGGGACGAAAUUACUCUCCCCAACCUUGAUGACAUUUUAAAAGAAUACAAAUUGAAGUCCACCAACAAAGUUUUCGUGAAUGACAAUGCCCCCAAGAGGAAAAACAAGGAGGACAAGUUCGCACCCGUCGUUAAGAAAAUGAAACGCAUUUACAACACCCACUUGUUCACUGCGGACGAGAUUAAAAAUGAGUUCAUACAGAAGAAGUGA